CGAGUUGCAAUAAAGCAUCGAGCGGUCACGUGACCAAACGCGAAUUGUACAUUAACGUAACGAACACCAAUCAGAGUGAUCAAAACAACAAAAUGUCGGUCGGGAGUGAAUUCGGCGUGAGCUGAUGUCAAGUGACGUUUUAUGUUAUGACGAUGAUGUUUUGUGAAUAGAAAAACUGAAAGAUGUUGCUAAUUACCACCACUGGACAUUCUCGAUGAGAGUACGUUUAUUUUACAACGGAAUGUCAGCUGUCGGGUGUCGAGUGUCCAGCAAAAAACAGUGUAUGAUUAAAGGCGAGAUGCAGCUUACAGGCAUGCGACUGCCUGGGUAUCAGCAAGGAAUGCGAUUACUUCGGGCUAAAGUAUCAGAAUGCAAAGGGCGAAGAACUCUGGUUGAAUCUAAGAAAUCCCAUAGAGAGGCAAACGGGUGGCGGUGUGGCGCCGCUAAGAUUCGCGUUGAGGGUGAAAUUUUGGGUUCCGCCUCACCUGUUGCUGCAAGAAGCUACCAGGUAAGAAGAAGCUCGCUUCUUAAAUAACAUUGCAUUCCACGUUGGAACUCGAUAAUCGUCUGCCUGUCUCGCGAUGUAAAAUAAAUUUUGACGAACGUGAAUUUACAAGAGCUCGAGACAACGUGUAUAUAUUUUAAUCAUCGUACAUCGUGGAUCGUUAUAUAGAAACAGUAUGCAACACAGUGUAAUUGUACAUUUUUACAAAAUGUUCCAAUGAAAAUUAGCAUUUGAACUUC